UAUGGCAAAUCUGAGAAAACAAACAACAUGCAAGAAGCAGAUCCCAGCCAAGACUUCCUUCACCACCCCUUUUAGCUUACAGUGGAGCCCUCCUCAAGAAGACAUGCAUUUCAUACAAACCUUGCAGGAUAAACUGAUUUUCACAGGACUUGAUGAAGAAAGAGUUAAAACGUUCCACUGGCAGAGGAAAAAAGAAAGGCCAGAUACCCCAUCCACACCAGAACCUGUUUCACAGGAACCCCAGGAUGCUCUGGUAAAAGACCCUCCCAAAAAUGGCUGGACAAAUGUCAUAGCCAGAAGACAACUGGCCAUUGGCAUCAAUGAGGUCACCAAGGCACUUGAAAAUAAUGAACUUAAACUGUUGCUUGUGUGCAAGUCUGUCAAACCUAAACACAUGACAAAUCACCUGAUUACAUUGAGUGCAACGCGCGGCGUGCCAGCUUGUCAAGUUCCGCGGCUUAGUCAGAGUGUGUCAGAGCAGCUCGGCCUGAAAGCUCUGGCGCUGGGGUUCAGAUGCGGUGCCUCCAGAGACGACAGUGUGUUCACCGAUGUCAUUGACGCCAUCGCACCCAGAGUGCCUCCGUUGGAUGUGGAAUGGCUUCUUGGUGCUGCAGCCAGUGUAACGCGCACAGACUCUCCUGAAUUAGAGGAGGAACGUGGUGAGAAAACUGGCAACAAAAGAAAACUGGAGACUGAACCUGAGGAUGCUGCGACGUCUGUGCCCUGCUGCACUCUGCAGCCUCUUAAAGUGAAAAGAAUUGUUGCAAACCCUGCUAAGAAAAUGAAAAUAAAAAAGGCAUCAAAGUCAGUCAAAUAAAACUGGAAAGAGAUUGUCUUUUUUUUUUUUUGCCUGCUGUACUGAAUCUAAUGUUGAGUUUACAGGCUGUGCUUCCAGCUUGUUUUCUUGCACAAGCUGGAAGCUCAGCAUGAUCCAUCUUGUUCAGUCACCUUAACUGAAUGGAAUAGAAGAAAGGCAAAGGACGAAUUUUGCAAAUAUUCCUGGAUGAGCUUUUGGAUUUAAUGGUGUCACCAUUGACCUGUUAAAUGUGCAACUGUCCCUGCCACAUUUACAAAGAAGUGCAUCAAUAAAGUUCCUUUUUAAAGUGAGUUUAUUCAAUCAAAGAUCCAUGCUGGUAUUGCUGACAUGUACUGAAACAUUUGCAUGGGGUCAUGUCUAAAUGAUGCUGGUACAAGUUCUUCAGCUGGUUCACAGCUUACAAUGGAUUUGAAUAAAAAUAUUGUUCUUCAUUUAGAGAAAGCCAUGUCAUUUCAAAAGUAUACCCCUCCCCACCCCAACACUCCAAAAUCUUACAAAAACUUUUUUU